AGCCUGAUGCCAGUGAUGGCCAACGAGCCGAUCAUCCUAAAUGUCUAUGAUAUGUACUGGAUCAAUGAGUUCACCAGCACUCUGGGCAUCGGAGUCUUUCACUCAGGGAUUGAGAUCUAUGGAAGAGAGUUUGCCUAUGGCGGACAUCCGUACCCAUUCUCAGGGAUCUUUGAGAUUACACCGGGUGAUGCAACUGAACUUGGCGACACCUUUAAGUUCAAAGAAGCCAUAGUCCUGGGCAGCACAGACUUCACGGAGGAGGACGUGGAGCGGAUCGUGGAGGAGAUGGGGAAGGAGUACAAAGGCAACGCCUACCACCUCAUGCACAAGAACUGCAACCAUUUCUCCUCAGCACUGUCUGAGAUCCUGUGUGGCAGGGAGAUCCCUCGCUGGGUCAACCGCCUGGCCUACUUCAGCUCCUGCGUGCCAUUCCUCCAGAGCUGCCUGCCCAAAGAGUGGCUGACCCCGGCUGCCUUACAGUCCAGCGUCAGCCAGGAGCUCCACGGAGGAGGGGAGCUGGAGGAGGCCGAGGACGCCGCCGCCUCAGCUUCCCUGGCGUCCAUGUCGCCCUGCUCACCUUCCUCCUCUUCCAGUCCCUCGUCUCUGCCUCGCCAGUCCCGCCACCAGCCACGCCGGUAGAAGCUGCAGGGUCUGCUGGGUAUUCUGGGGGGCUGGACUUACAGAGACUGUCCUGCAGCAGCUGAUGAGUCCAACUACGACUAAGUGUCCUGUCAGACUGUCCUUGAGCAAGGCGUUGAACCGCUAGCUGC